UUCAAUUAGCGAGAUGUAGAGAGAGAUGGAGAUGGAGCGAGAUGUAGACGGAUGAAGAUAGCUGUUUCUUCGACGACAGCGUGUGCUGCAGUACAGCUAGGUUUCACUGGAAGAGUCGAUGUUUAUGCAAAUGGUAUUCGUCAGUGAACAUUUUCAAACUGGGAAUAAUAUAUCAUAAGCAGAUUGAAAUGUGCGAACGUUUCAGUGUUUCGAAGACUAAGUUUCGUAGCAGAUUUUGAUUCCGUCACGGGGUGCGUAUGGUAAUAUCAGUUGUAGUGCAACAGCGUUUCAAGUCAGCAAAUUAAGUAAAGGAACACUCUAAUAGCAAGUGGCAACUGUAAUAUAAGACGCGUAAUAGGUCGCGGAAAUGAACGCGUCCUGGUGCAUCGCGAUGAUAGCGGUCGGCGUACUAACGUCGGGACGACUGCCCUACCCCGCAGCGGACGGCGCCCGAAUCCUGGCCAUGAUGCCGAUCGCAGCCAAGAGCCACUGGAACGUGGUGGACUCGGUGUUGCAGACGCUAGUGGCCCGUGGACACCACGUGACGGCCAUCACUCCGUUCCCAAAGAAGUCACUGGUGGCCAAUUACACGGAACUGGACAUGUCGCGUCUGAUGCCGUCGGGCGUCAGCGUGCCGUGGGACACGGUCUUGGGCGAAUGUUCGGUGCACAACAACCUGCCGUUUCUCUCGGGUCGUCACAAGGACAUGUGCCGGGCGGUGUACGAGCACGACGACUUCUGGCGCAUAAUUGGAACGAACAAAUAUGAUCUGUUCAUCACCGAACUACUAGCUUCGUCGUGUGAUGCAUAUGUGUCAUAUUAUUUACAAAUACCACAGAUAGUCAUUGUUUCGAGCCAUGUUCAUACAUGGUACCAUCAUACGUUCGGUAGUCACAUGAACCCUGCACACGUUUCCACGUACCACGCACCGUUCGCAGUACCCAAAAACUUCAUAGAGAGAAUGGUGAACACAUACGAUUACUUGUACUCACACAUGGUGUUCAAAUGGGUCGACAGGGAAUCGACGGUUAUCGGUCGAAAAUAUUUCGGUUCCGACGCACCAGAUGCCGACACCUUAAUGAAAAAUACGUCAUUAGUGUUUAUCAAUGGACAUUAUACAGUGGACUUGGCUAAGCCUCUGUUACCUAAUUUCGUGAACAUAGGUGGAAUUCAUUUAGUACAGCCAAAACCGUUGCCCAAAGAUAUUGAACAGUAUAUCAAUGAUUCUCCGAAUGGUGUUAUAUUCUUUACGUUAGGAUCUGUAAUUCAGUUGGAAACAGCACCAGCGUAUUUGCAGAAAGCGUUCGUUGGAGCAUUGGCAGAAAUACCACAAAGAGUACUGUGGAAGUACGACGUUCCAGAUAUAGGAGACUUACCACAAAAUGUAAAAAUAGGGAAAUGGUUUCCACAAAGAGAUAUUUUAGAACAUAAGAAUGUCAAAUUGUUUAUAUCUCAUGGUGGUAUGUCUGGGAUCUAUGAAGCCAUAGAUAGUGGAAUACCUGUACUUGGUAUACCUCUAUUUUUCGAUCAAUCACACAACAUUGCUAACAUAGCUCAUUGGGGUGCAGGCAUAAUGUUAGAUCACAAAACGUUGACCAAAGAUAUAUUUGUGAAUGCUAUCAAAGAAAUGAUCACUAACUAUGACAAGUACAAAUUCAAAGCGAUGGAACUUUCUAGAAGAUUUAAGGAUCGACCGAAUACACCAAAAGAAGAAGUAAUAUAUUGGACAGAAUAUGUCAUCAAACACAAAGGCGCACAUCAUUUAAAAACAGCUGCCCUAAAAUUGUCUUGGUAUCAAUAUUUUUUAAUUGAUAUUCUAAUUACCAUUGUAUUAAUUUCUUUAGUUAGUUUAAGUGUUAUUUUUCUUUUAUUAAAGGCUAUUAAAAAUCGUAUCGAUAAUUUAAGUAAAACAAAAAAAGAAUGAAAACUGAAAAUUCUAAUUUGAAAUCAGUAUUUUCAAAUAUUGAAUAAGAAACAAACAUUCCUUUUCUAUGUAUUGUAUCUUAGAAUAGGUUUUAUUUUUAUCUUAAAGAAUUGACCGAAUUCUUGUUUUAUAAAAGUUUAGCGAUCGAUAGACCGUUGUACAUAUUUAUGAAAUUGUAUUUUAUAAUAAUUUAUAGUAUAAAUUUAUUAUACGAGUAAUUUACGAGAAACAUCAUAAUAUAUUCUGCCUAAUUACUUUUUGA